GCUGCUCCGGGGCGGCACCAGGCCGAGGCCCGCUCGGUCCGGGACCAGGGCAGGGCCGAGGCCAGGGCUGAUCCCGGGAAGCCCGGACCCUCGGCCGCCGCCGCCGCCCGAAGGCGGGCACUUCUAGCGGCCAACGAGCAGGAGGACCGAGAGAUCCGGAAGCUGGAGCGCUGCCUCGGCCUGAGCAAGCGCAGGAAGAAGGGCGGCGGCAGCUCCGUGCCGCUCAGCUUCGCGCGCGACGGGCUGGACUACAUCCUGGGGGCGCUGCGGCCCGGGGGCGGCUGGUGCGAGAGCGCCGGGGAGGACGGGGGGCCGGGGCCCGGGCGGAGCCCCCCAGAAGGUGGCCUGGACAGCGACUCCGAGCCCGGCAGCGAGGAGCAGGGGCCCGGGCAGAGCCCCCCAGAAAGUGACCUGGACAGCGACCCUGAGCCAGGCAGCGAGGAGGAGCAGGGGCCCGGGCAGAGCCCCCCAGAAAGUGACCUGGACAGCGACCCUGAGCCAGGCAGCGAGGAGGAGCAGGGGCCCGGGCAGAGCCCCCCAGAAAGUGACCUGGACAGCGACCCUGAGCCAGGCAGCGAGGAGGAGCAGGGGCCCGUGCGGGCUGGACCAGCAAGGAAGAGAGUCCGGUUCGCGCAAGAUGAAGCCAAGAGCAGUUGUGUGGAGGACGGCGACACAGCCGAGCGUGGCCCUUGUGAACGUGGUGAAAAGUACGUCCCUCCUCAUGUGAGGCAAGCGGAAGAGGCUCUGGAUGUCCAGAAAAAGGAGGGGCUGGAGAGGCUUACGAAACACGUGAGAGGCCUGAUCAACAGGGUGAGCGAGCCCAGCAUGCCCUCCAUCAGCGGCCAGCUGGAGGAGCUGUACAUGGCGCACAGCAGGAAGGACAUGAGCGACGCCAUCACCGCCACCCUCAUGGCCGCCUGCGUGACUCCCGCAGCCAUGCCCAGCCGACUGAUGAUGGAGCACGGUGGGUGCGCAUUUCCUGGAGGCCGUGGUGAGGAAGUUCGAGGACGUCUAUAAGGGCGGAGGAGAGGGGAAGGAGUGCGAGAACCUCCUCACCAUCGUCGCCCACCUGUACAACUUCCACGUGGUGCAGUCUCUCCUCAUCACUGACAUUCUGAAAAAGCUCAUCAGAACGUUCACAGAAAAGGAUGUCGAGCUGAUCCUGUUAGUGCUGAAAAACGUUGGCUUUUCGCUGAGAAAAGAUGAUGCUUUAUCCCUAAAGGAGCUGAUCACCGAAGCCCAGACCAGAGCCCGUGAGGCAGGCGGCGCGUUGCAGGACCAGACCAGGAUUCGGUUUAUGCUGGAGACGAUGCUGGCGCUGAAGAACAAUGACAUGCGCAAAAUUCCCGGCUACGACCCCGAGCCCGUGGAGAAGCUGAGGAAGGUGCAGAGAGCUUUGGUGCGCAGCGGGGGCUCAGGUUCAGAGGCGCGGCUUCGUGUGUCCUGGGACGGCAUCCUGAACGCUGAGCAGACUGGCCGCUGGUGGAUUGUGGGAUCUGCGUGGACUGGUGCACCGAUGAUUGACAGCAGCUGUCACCCCCCUCUACAGAAGCCGCCUGUGGGGACGCAGGUAAGCUCCAAGAUACUAGAACUUGCCCGAAGGCAGAGAAUGAACACAGAUGUUCGGAGAAACAUAUUCUGUACGAUAAUGACGAGCGAAGACUUCCUCGAUGCUUUCGAAAAGCUUCUGAAGCUCGGGCUUAAGGAUCAGCAGGAGAGAGAAAUCGUUCAUGUUCUCAUGGAUUGCUGCCUUCAAGAGAAAACCUAUAACCCUUUCUAUGCACUCCUGGCUAGCAAGUUCUGUGCCUAUGAAAGGAGGUUCCAGAUGACUUUCCAGUUCAGCAUAUGGGACAAGUUUCGGGACUUAGAAAACUUGCCAGCUACUAAUUUCUCCAAUUUGGUUCAACUGGUCGCCCACUUGUUGAAGACGAAAUCUCUUACACUUUCCAUUUUAAAGGUUGUUGAAUUCAGUGAAUUGGACAAGCCCAGAGUUCGCUUUUUACGAAACGUGUUAAAUACCCUGUUGAUGGAGACAGAGGUGGAAGAUCUCGGUUUAAUUUUCGCACGAGUGUCUGACAGCCCAAAGCUGGGAAUGCUGCGAGAAGGGUUGAAGCUCUUCAUCAGCCACUUCUUACUGAAGGGCACGCAGGCCCACAGGAGUGCCGAGGAGGCCAGCAUGUUGAGGGAGAGGGCUGACCUCGCGACCAGGUCCCUGCAAGGGAAGGCUUCCCUGAGGAUGUAGGCCGGGACCAGUGAAUGGCACUAACUAGAGUGGCUUCUGAAAACCCGGAGUCCUGCUCUGUUGUCUGCGUGGGGGCUUGGUGGGGUCAGAUCAGGGUGGUUGUGGCCUCAAAAUGUAUUUGAGGCCCAGCCACAGUGGUCAGGCAGA